AGAGAUCGUUUUGUGAAGCUCCUGGAUCAGCUGCACAACUCCCUGCGUAUUGACCUCUCAAUGUACAGAAACAACUUCCCAGCCAGCAGCAAGGCUCGCCUUCAUGACCUCAAGUCAACAGUGGAUCUUCUCACCAGCAUCACCUUCUUUAGGAUGAAGGUCUUGGAGCUGCAGAGUCCCCCCAGGGCCUCCAACGUUGUACGGGACUGCGUCAAGGCUUGUCUGAACUCCACCUACGAGUACAUCUUUAACAAUUGUCUGGAGCUCUUCAACCACCAGUUCCAGCCUGCCGUCCAAUCA